ACCCCGCUUAGCAACGGCACACAUACAAGUUCGGCGGUUGACGCAGGCGAGUUGAGCAAGUUGUGAGCAUUUGGUACGAGGGUAACACGGGAUAAAAGUUAGAGUCAAAGACUCGACAGCUGAAUGUGACACUGGCAGUUGUCACUGGCAGUUGAAGGUGACAGUUGACGGUGACAGUUGAAGGUCACAGCUACCAGACAUGUGUCGCUGGGGAUGUGAAGCUUUCAACUCGACGUUCAUGUGUAAAUGGUGCGGCACGCGCUACUGCAGGGAGUGCCUGAAGGGUGAGUUCACGGGACAGAUGAGGGAGGCUGUGAUCUGCGCCAAGUGCAACCAGAAAAAUUGCCAAGGUCAAAAGGUCGAGACGGUUCUCAAAGAAUACAUGAAGGAUGACGAAAAUGGCGGGAAACGCGGGGCAAAGUCUGCCGGCAGUAGCAGAAGUGGCAGCCCCUCCAAGAAAGGAAAAAGUGGCGGGAAAAAAUCUGGCAAAUCUAAAUCUGGCAAAUCCAAAUCCAAAUCAGGCAAAAAGGGCGGGAAAAAGAAGAAGAAGAAGAAAUAAGGAUCGCGUGGCACGUGUUUAUCGUUUAGAAUUUCUAGCAUUCAAAUGUUAUGUACAAAUUACCCGAUAAUGGAACAUUUCUCAGUGGGCUGAGAUAAAACCACGGCUUUCUAGACUGGCGGGAUGACGUCAUCAGUUUAUGAGUAGAUGCUCACGCAAGUCUAGACGCUAUCUGCAGAUAGCGACCGUUUGAAAGCCCCGCCUCAGUAUCUGAAUGUGAGAAGCCACCAGCCACAGAGAAAGAUAAUCUUUCAGCUCCCGUCCGUGAAGUAUUUAGAUCAUUUCUCACUCAGGCUUAUUGCCCCUGCUCUCUCGUAACUCUCCUGUAAUGUCAGAGGGCUGGUCCCUCAUGGAACUCAAGUUAUUAUUCGUUAUCGUUAGAGUUAUCGUUAGAGUUAUUGUUUGAGUUAUAGUUAGAGUUUUUGUUAGAGUUAUCGUUAGAGUUAUCGUUAGAGUUAUUGUUAGAGUUAUCGUUAGAGUUAUUGUUAGAGUUAUCGUUAGAGUUAUUGUUAGAGUUAUUGUUAGAGUUAUUGUUAGAGUUAUUGUUAGAGUUAUCGUUAGAGUUAUUGUUAGAGUUAUCGUUAGAGUUAUUGUUAGAGUUAUUGUUAGAGUUAUCGUUAGAGUUAUUGUUAGAGUUAUCGUUAGUUAUUGUUAGAGUUAUCGUUAGAAUUAUUGUUAGAGUUAUUGUUAGAGUUAUCGUUAGAGUUAUUGUUAGAGUUAUCGUUAGAGUUAUUGUUAGAGUUAUUGUUAGAGUUAUCGUUA